AUGGCACCGAUCCGGCGGUAUCUGAGAAUCAGCAAGUAUACUGUCCUGGAAUGCAGGAUUUACCUGGAAAACCCCUCAGACACGCGAUGGCUACUCGACACCCGUGACCCUGUUCUCCCCCGCAUCUUCGCCGCCAUCCGACCCUUGGUGCUUCCUAAACUGCGAGAGGAGAAUGAGAGGCUGUUUACUCGGAAGAAGGGAAGACCUGUUAAGGAUGUGAUGGCUGAAGAGGACUUUGAGGUCUCGUUGUUUCUUCGUGAAUCACAUACUCGUCAUUCACUUCUGACACAGCACAAAAACUUUGAGGCAGCUGAGAAUACAUUAGCGCAGACAAGACCCACCGCUGGAGCCGAUAGACAUGCCGACACUGGGAUCUUAAUCGAGAGUGAUAGCGAGUCGGAGAUACAUAUGGAUGCGAUUCCACAAGCAGGCGCAGAUGCUGAGGAAGAAGAUAAUGCACUUGGCAAAGACACAAGAGCGUCGAAUCACCAAGACAAUACGUUUGAUAACCAACGCACCAAACGAAAGAAAGGCGAAUCACCCAGCCAAUCAUUAGAGGAGGAUGAUAAAAAGAUGCGUUUCAAGACGAAUUACGAAGGCUUCAACAUCUAUGGGUGGAUGCUGUGCUUGCUUGUCACGCGAACGGGGGGCAAAGAGAACGCCAAGACGGCCCCGUCAGAACCUACGCGUCAAGUAUUAAUGGAAGAGUGGAUAUCCACUCAAGCUCAGGGGACUCUGGAUGAAGAAUAG